AUGGAUUUUGGAGUAGCCCCCCCAGGAAAUGAUGCAGCGAACAGAAUCGAGUUCACCCCGGAAUACGUGCACGGGUACUGUGGGGGCAGAAAUAACAUUCUCAAGUUCGCCAAUAGGAAGGUUAUCUACCCUGUUGACAAUUUGGUCGUCGUGUACGACCUGCUGGACCGAGUGCAGUCCAUCUUUGCGCAACACCUGAAUGAGGUGACCCUGGUCAGGUGCAGAGAAAGCGGCAGAACUGUCCUGAGCGCAGAAGAGAGCAACAGCCACGUCAGAAUAUACCUAUGGGACAAGAACAACUUUAAAGUUUUAGCCAAAAUAAAGAUAAAGAAGAAACACUUUCUCGAUCUAGAGUUUUUAAACGAUGAGGACAUCUUCCUUCUGUGCAAGUGGGCUGGUAAGUUAGUCUAUUUGGUUCUCUCCGUGGAGACCUGCCGCGACAGGGGGGUGCGUCUCAGGCGAAGCACAGUGUGCGUGGUGAAGGCGACAGAGGGGUGUUACCAAGAGGCGCAACGGAGAAGAAGACAGAAUGGGGAAGGAGAUGAUGAUGAUGGCAACUGUGUCAAUCGUGGCAGCCGUGGGGAUGCCAUCACGAAGCUUGAGAGACGCCUCAUGGUAAGGGGGGCGGAGGGGAGCAGUGCUAUCUUCCGGCUGUUCAGGCAAAAAAGAGCAAGAAAUGACGCACACAUAAUUGCCAACCGGAGGACAAAAGGGCCUACUCUUGAGAAGUCCUACUUUAGGAAGAUAACCGUGACAAAUACAGCAAACUUCGUCCAGCUGGAAGAGCGCAGAAAAGGGGGCCAUCCACAUUAUGACAUAGCAUUUGUAAUGCCAUUUCUGAAGGAGAGAAAAGGGUCCAACAGGGUGUUAACACAAUUUAGAGUGUCCGUACCGAUUGACAAUAAUGUGUGCAUAUACAACGGGGAGUACCUCCUGGCUUACGUGAUGAAAAAUGGCGUCCUUUACGAAAGGUUGAGGAGUGAACGGGUCAGAAGUGCCUCAUUUUUAAAUGAUGGGAGCUUUUCCAAACCACAGCAGGGCCUCCACUUUUUUUCCCUCCUUUCGAUGAAUCUAUUUGUGAAUGGGUUACCUUUGUGUGACCUCUCAGGGGAAGGGGAAAUAAAAAGAGAUGAAUCGCAUGGGGGGUUGCCAGAAUGGACAGAUGGCUCAGUUGGGGAAAGGAUCCUCUGGGAGGGGAAUCCAUCCAGUCAAGGUACAAUAAGGAAGGAGGCGCAGCUUAACAUGAGAGAAUGUGUGGCUAAUCGGUUUGACAAUUUCUUGGGGGAUGAAAUCAGUGCCGUCUCGGUUGUCACAUGUCUUUAUGUAAACGAGGGAGACGACAUAGAUGUUGUUUUGAAGCUACAGGGGAGAGUCCAGCAUGGUGAGCAAAAGAUUAAUGCACAGCUGCAUCGCCAAAGACGGAGAAGCGUGAAGAAGGAUCCCCCACGAAGGAAAAAACUCCUCGUGGUGGGAUCCAAGCGAGGCGUAAUCAUAGUCGUAGAUUUUAGAAGACCCCACAGGGUAGAACAUUUAAGGAAGAUCUCCGCCGACAGGAUUGUCUCAAUUUUUACUCAUCAGAAUUGGAUAGUGAUACUGAGCUGUUCCGGGGUAUUACAUUUUUUGGGGAUGCCCAAUUAUGAGACAUGUAAAUCGCUUGACUUAUUUUGCUCAGAGGGUGGAGACUCUCCCUCUCUUGGUAGCAGCAGAUUGUCGACCACGAGAGGCACAUCUGAUUGUGCAUUCCUGGAGAGGGUAUCCCUAAAUUCAUUCAGACGAAGCCUCUCCCCCCGUAGUAGCAUGAGUGGCGUCCAAAUGGGAAGCAACCCAACAUGUAGAUGUACUGAGCAGAAGCGAAAGGGAUCAUCUGGAAGGUCAUGGUUAUCUUCCUCCGUUAAGAAGAGUCCAACCCGGAAUGGGAAGGAGAGUAGAAGCUUCAUAUGCGCUUGUUGCCUGCUAGAUAUUUACACCCUUGUAGUGGGAACCUCAAAUGAUGAGAUGGUUCUUCACAAUUUGAUUUCCAAUGAGACGUAUUACACUUAUCGAAAGAGGCAGAAGAUAAACUCCUUCACUUUAGACACUGAUCAUAUGUUUUACAGUGUAGAAAGGAGUCUGUACAGAAUGAGUUUAGUUCACUAUAACUCCCCCGUGAAGGUGGUCACUUUAACGGAGGGAUCCAUUUCAUCCUUUGUGUUCCUCUCAAGUGGAGUGUUAAUAUGCGGGACGCUGAAGGGUACUUUGAUCUUCUUGGCCGUUUCGGAGGGAGGAGCCAAAGUGAUUAACAAGGUUCACAUGAAGGAGUUUCCUACGGCAUGGGUAAGGCUGACGCGGUGCGUCAGGGCCAUUCCAAAGAUUAGCAGAGUUGGAAGGAUUAGCAGCGUUGGAAGGAUUAGCAGCGUUGGAAGGAUUAGCAGCGUUGGAAGGAUUAGCGGCGUUGGAAGGAUUAGCGGCAUUCCCAGCAUUCGAAACCUUCCCGGUGGAAACUCCCCGGUAGGAAGAGAAGAUGAAGAGAAAAAGGGUCCCAGGAAGGACAACCCAAACGAAGUCAUAUGUUCAAUCGGUAAAGUGGUACCGAAUAGGAGACUCGCCAGACCACGGAACGGUAGACGGAUGAACGAACUGCCACCUCAGGAGGAACAAAUCAGUUGGCUAGUCCUAAACAACGCAAGGAAUAUCCUCUUGUCUGCAACUGGACGGUGUAUAUAUCUGUUUAGAAUUCACGUGGGGGGAAAUGAGAAGGUCGAUUUGAGGUACCUCAGAUGCCUCCAUUUUGAGGGAACCAUUGUUCAUGUAAAUUUGGUCCAAAAUUAUGACAACUUGUUCUACGUCGCAGUGAAGGAGGAUAUUCAUAAGAGCAUCGGUGGUACCUUCUAUAGCUAUCACUUGUGCUCCUUUAGCUGCACCAAAAGUAGAAGAGACGGAAUGAUUGACGUGUGCAGGAACGUGCUCAUUGAAAGUACCCAAGUUUGUCCCUUUCUGUAUCUACGUGAGGAACGUUUCGGUUUUCUAAAGGAUAAAGUUGUCUGUCUUCUAAAUCCUUACACCUUUGCAGUGUAUUCAUGCGGUGUUAAGAAGACGCCGAAGCGGGACCAAGAAAACGCACAAAGACGGGUGAGCAGCCACCUAAGCUGCGUUACCUCCUGGGGAGAAUUAACAAGCGGAGGAAAAAAUGACUCCAAGGAGAGGGCUACAGUUUAUCCCUCCGGAAAUCCCCCCAUGGAUGUUAGCCUUCUUUGGAAAAGUGGGAGGACCGAUCAUAGCGGUCCAAAUGAGUGCACUAUCCGCCAAGGGGCGAAACGCAAAUUGGGGGAAGGGACCAAGGGGGAGGCACACAGGAAAGAAGACAUCCAUAAAGCGCCGCUUAGAAGUGGUCAUCCCAGCAACACGCCGCUUAGAAGCGACUACAAUACUAAGCAGAAGCAGGGCAUCGCGAAACUCAAGCCAACACGUGAAGCGACGCCGAAGGGGUCUCCCAAUUUGAGCGGAGAAAAUGAUCAAGCAAAGGAAAGACAGGAAAAAUUCAGUGGAAGGAAAAUGAAGGACUACACAAAAUAUAAACUGUUGAGGAAUAUUUUGCAAAAAAGGACAAGCCUGGAGAGUGAUGGAUUCUUUCUAGGCGUUAAUCGAAACGGGGCACUCGGCAUGGGGGAGAGGUAUAAAACACAUUUGGGAGUUCCACUCGGUGAAGGUCACGAGGAGGAGAAGAAGAACAACAACAAGAAGAUGAAGGAUGGGCCAAUUUCCAACCGGUGUAACGGAGAUACAAUUGAUCAGAAGAAAGCUACAAGGAGGACAACCCUCAGGGUGUGGAGUCCAGAAGACUCUGUAAAAAGAUAUUUAAGGAAGUACUUGGGUGUCGUUAUUACGCAGGAGGGUGAGGAAACAGGAAGGACAUGCAACAACGGGGAGAAAACGAGAAGAACGUGCAACAACGGGGACGAGGACCCGGACGAUGCUUCUUCUGGUGACAAACAGGAGGAGGUAUAUUUCCCCCUAAGAGAAGGAAUCACUAGCAAGGUGAGCAUACGAAAGGCAGACUUAGGGAGUGGCAACACCCAGGAAGGCACCCCCAUACAGGGCAUAUCAGUUAAACCGUUGGGGGGGGAUAAUAAUGUUGGGAAAACAAAGUUGAAAUGGAAGAAGACACUUAUUCGUAAAGAAGCCAUUAGUGGAGGUUUCCCGAGGGUUAUUCCUCAUAAUGAGCUGAUGUGUAACCAUAACGGCGAAGGCAAAAGGGGAACACAUUGUUGUACUUCCGCACAGGCAUGUGAUAAGCAUGAAAUGUGUGUAAACAGUGGAGAUGGCCUCAGACGAGGGAGAGCCCCUAUUGAUAGCUACACAGAUGGGGUAACCAAAGACGUUGUUAAGCUAAACAAUCACGCGCAGCGUAUAUUCAAUCGAGAGGGGGGUAACGCAAAAUGGAACCCUUGUGGUGUUAAGAAGGGGAAAAACAUCCCCAGCACCUUUUCUACGAUGAACCAAAAAAACGGUCCCCAAAAAAUUUGCCGCAUAGCGAAACAAAAUGAUAAAAUAAAGCCAAGAAAGGAACAUAAGCAUGUGGUACUACGUCAGAUGGAGAAAAAUAUCCAAUCGAUAGUAAAUGGACAUGUGAAGUACCCUUUUAAGAUGUGCAAAAUUCAAGAGAAAGAGAAAGUCGAUGGAGGGAAUACUCUCGUGGAUGACAAGGUCACCUCACCACGGGACUGUACAAAUGUGUAUAUUAGGGCCCCAUGUGCGAUUAAUUCGAUCGAAAUUGUGCCUGAUCAUAGAUGA